AUGGCCACCCAAAACCCAGAAACAGCAUUCAAAGGCCGCUCCAACUCAAUCGUGGUCCCGAAAAUGGCAGUCGCGAAAGUCGAGGACGCCACACCGGCGCCGGCGCCGGCAGCACCAGAAUCCACAGAUGCGAAUGUCUGGACAACAGAACGACAACUCGUCUCUUCGCUGGCUAAGUUACAGGAACUUGAAUCCAUGAUCCACAACCUCCGCACCCUCCUCCCAGAACGCCUCCUAGAACCCCUAGUCCCAAUAGUAAACCCCCAGAUCCUAGUCAGUGGCAACAAAGCACUCCCGAAAUCCCCACAAACACUCUACGAGCAACUGUCCACCACAGCACGCGCGGGAGUAGCCGAAGUGCAAUCCUUCCAGGAUCUCUGGCGGAGUCCCGAACUCAAGGAGAUCUGGGACCAUGUUGAUGUCAAGAUCCAGGAGGGGAAUGGGGUGUUGUUGCAGCCGAGUGGGAUGUGGGAGCGGGAUUAUGGGGUUUUGCUGGAGGGGAUUGUGGAGGAGGAGAGGGGGAAAGGGGAGAAGGAGGAGAGGGAGAGGGAGGAGAGGGAGAGGGCGGGUGUUGAUGGGGAUUGGAGGAGGGUUGUUGAGGGGUUUGUGGGGAGAGAUGUUCCUGGUGUCCGGGUUGUUGGGGUGAAGGGGAGGGAUGCGGUGGUUGUGGUGUUGGUUAAGGCGGGGAUGGCGUUUGAGGUGCAGAGCCUCGAGGGUGAGGGAGGAGUUAAGUGGGUGGUUUCAAGCAAGAUGGCUCCUGGAAAGCCGGUCAGCAAGCUUGAGGGUGCGGUUGUGGAUUGUCUAAACUCGCGUCUGAGACAGUGGGAUCUUGCUUUUGCUUUGGACAUGAUAUCCUCCUAUACAACCAUCAAGCAUACCCCCUGCGCAAAAUGCACCAAAAUGACCGACUCAACUGCCCAACUCCCGACCAUUCGUCGCCAGUCUCCACAAUCAACCUGGGAAGCCUUCCACCCAACAUGCCUCUAA